GCGUACCGUUGAUGUGUGUUACCCAUAAACGAGCCAGUAUUGCUAGUGUGCCAUCUCUGUUUUUUUCCGCAGCAACCAUGAAGAAAUGUUUCACCAUCGCUUCACUGCUGCUGUUAGUGCCUGCGCCCAGUGCAGCAUUCCAGUUUUUGUGCGCCAACAUGCUGUGCACCAUAAAGAAGUGGACUCCCAGCGAGGAAGGCACAUUUUUGCUUGCCAAUAUCCCGAACGAUACUUUAAUGUUAAAACUUUCCCAUCUGAAGGCCAACACAUUCAACCUGGCCACCCUGGACAAGAUAAUGGCGAUCGAGAUAGAACGAUCUUCCGUCAAAAAGGUGGUAAUGCCGUCGGCCACCGCCACAGUACGCCUGAAGCUCACUCGAACGUAUCUCAACGACAUCGCGUUCGUUGCCGGCAAUGGGCAAUUAAAUUUCCUCACCAUUACUGAAAGCCGGCUAAAAACCAUCCCGAGCACCAUCGUACAUCUGGUAGCGUUGGAAACGGUCACAAUAACAAAGUCACCCAUCGAAACGGUCAACUUGUGUCUGUUCAGCAAGCUGACGCGUCUGUACGAGCUUAAUCUGUGCAGUAACAAAAUUCUGUUUCUCCAUCUGCCGGCCGCAUCUGUUGGCGAUUUCGCGAGCCUGCGACUGUUGUUUCUGUCGGACAAUCUGCUGACCACGAUCAACUUGGGCGCGUUCAACGGAAUGCAGGCACUGCAGACGCUAGAUUUCCAGAACAACCGGAUCCGGCGCGUGCAAGCAGCGCUGGUGUCGAAUAGCUUGCAAACGCUCGAACUGCCCGGGAACCGUUUAGAGACGCUGUACUGUUGCGAGUGGCAUCUUCCCAAUUUGACCCGCCUCGCGUUGAGUCGAAAUCUGUUGUCGAUCUUACCGACCUGUCUGUCGUUGACCAUGCCCAACGUGCUGUACCUGAUACUCGACAGGAACGCACUAAUCGAUAGCGAUACGUGGUACAACGUCUUUACGCUGAAACGUUUGCAACAGCUAGACAUUAGCCACAACCUGGCUGGCGAAGGCAGUGUUGGACAACAUUUCGGAUUCGUUGCUGUUUCUCGACCUGCAGCACAACAGCAUAACAGUGCUACAUGUUCCGGCUGUGCGCAUGGGUAUGAGAAUUAUUGCAUCUUACAAUGCGAUCGACACGUUCGAUAUCAACAGUCUGUCACCGAACGUUACGACGCUAGAAAUGAUUUGCAACCCAAUCGACUGCUCGUUCAAUCGUGCACGUAUGCAGAUUGGUGAAGAACCUGUGUGCUACACAGAU